AUGGCGGAAGAUGCAGCGAGCGGUGGCUGGAGCACGAUUGAAUCCGACGAAGGCGUAUUCACCUCCUUGAUCGAGCAGCUGGGGGUCAAGAGAGUGCAGUGUGAAGAGCUAAUAUCGUUGGACGCUGAUUCGAUACGGGCUUUGAGUCCUGUAUAUGGCGUGAUAUUCCUCUUCAAGUGGAUCGGAUCAUCGUCUGAGAGCAGAGCCGCGCCGCAGGAUGGCACAUACGACACAAGCGCAGUCGAGGAGGACGGGCUCUUCUUCGCGGCGCAGACUAUUCAAAACGCCUGUGGCACGCAAGCUGUUCUCUCCGUAGUGCUGAACAAUGACACAUCGAGCACAUCAGCUGGAGGAGACGCAAUUGAUAUUGGGCCAUCACUACAAGAGUUCAAGGACUUCACGACGGGCUUCGAUGCAGGGUUGAGGGGCGAAUCGCUGUCCAACUCAGAGAUGAUCCGCACGGUGCACAACAGCUUUGCGAAAUCUAGCCCUUUUGUCGAUGAGUCUGCACGCGACCCAAGCGCUGCAUCCGACGACGUCUUUCACUUCAUCGGGUAUACAUGCCAUAAUGGCAAACUGUAUGAGCUUGAUGGACUGCAGCCAUACCCCAUAGCACACGGUGAUUGCACGCCAGAUGAGUUCCCAGACAAGAUCAUUCCUGUGUUACAACGGCGGAUUGAGCGAUACCCUCCUGGAGAGGUUCACUUCAACCUGAUGGCCAUAUGUGAGGACCUCCGUGUCAAAGCGCACGAUUUUAAUGAUGGUGAAAUGCUUGAGCGGGAGCAGCGGAAGCGGGCGCAGUGGGAUUUUGAGAACGCGCUGCGGCGACAUAAUUUUGUCGGCUUCACGGCCGAGAUUCUCAAGGGCGUGGUCGAGAUGAAGAUCAAGGAGGGCACUUAUGGUACGUGGAUCGACGAGGCGAAGAAGACCACCGAGAAGCGACUGAGGGACAGGCGGAAGCAUGCCGAUGCAUGA